AAGCAUCUACGAUACCAGAGACUUGGAUUCCUAUCCUCAUUAGCCAUGGCUGCAUUGGAGUGUUGAGUCGACUGUAAUAGAGCCUCGUUUCCGCGCCUGCAUUGAAAGGCUAGCUUGCGACGACUUGGAGGCUUCCAUCCCAGGCGAGAAACACGUCGCACGCUACUAGGCGACUUCCGACGACUUCGUGACUUCUAUCGCAGGCACAGUAACGUCCGUCGCAGGCAUAUCCUGCAUUAACUUAGUGGCUCGCGUUCCAGGCGAGAUAGCUUAUUCCAGUAGUAAAACUUCUGCGUCGAAGGCGUGACUUUGCGGAUGCAGGCGGCGCGACGAGUGCUUUGCGACGUGCGACGAGUGCCAUGCGACGCCUUGCGAGGAUCCUCGUGGCGGUGGACGAAUCGCAGGGCGCCGAGACGGCGUUUCUCUUCGCCCUGACCUUGCUGCCACGCAACGCCACUAUCUAUGCGCUGCAUGUCAGGGACCCCAACACAGAAGCGGCGUGGAUGUCCGAGGCAGCGCAGGGCAACAGCAGCGGGCAGGCGCUAGUGUGGGAGUACGAGGUGGAGGAACGGGCAGAGGCGCUGCUUACGAAAUGCAGAGGAAUGGCUCAUGCUGCCGGGGUGACAUGCCAUGCUGUGUCGCGCAAGGCGGACGAUGCCCGCAUGGAGCUCUGUGAGGCGGUGGAGCGGCAGGCGGUUGAGCUGCUGGUGGUGGGGUCAAGAGGGCUGGGGCCCAUGUCAAGGGCGAUGCUGGGGAGUGUGAGCGACUAUUUGAUCCACAAUGCCACUUGUCCAGUGUUGGUUGUACCCAACCCGGUGUAGCUGUUUUGUACAGAAUGGUUUGCACAUAUUUUUUAUUUUGUGAGUUGCAUAGAGUAUGUGUGACAUUGUAAUGCAUAAAGGUUAGUUUUUCUACACGUCACGAAGAGGGAACCGAGGUGACCUUCGCCGAUCUUGAGGAAUUUUAUGUUGCGGUCUUCACUGUA